GGACGGAAGCUCUUAAAGGCUUAAACUUUCCUCGAAUUGACUCCCUCUUAGUCUUUCAACUCAAUGGGAUGGUUAGUAACUCUAACGUUGAUACUCUGCACCUGCCACGCGGAGGCGGCGGCGGAGGAGGAUCGUUCAAGACAACCUGAGCGGCUGAGUUCGCUGACUGAGGAGCUGCUGCGGAUAGCGAGGGAGCCGGAUUUCUUGGGGUGGCUGAGAAGCGUCCGGAGGCGAAUCCACGAGAACCCGGAGCUGGCUUUCCAAGAAUUCAACACGAGUCAACUGGUGAGAUCAGAGCUCGACUCACUCGGCAUUCAGUACACCUGGCCGGUGGCGGAGACCGGCGUUGUUGGUUCGAUCGGAUCAGGGUCGCAGCCGUGGUUCGGCCUGCGAGCAGACAUGGAUGCUCUGCCCAUUCAGGAAAUGGUAGAGUGGGAACACAAGAGCAAGAACAAGGGCAGGAUGCAUGCUUGUGGCCACGACGCCCAUGUCGCAAUGCUACUCGGCGCUGCCAAGCUGCUUAAACUUAAAAUGCCGAUAUAAAGGUAAACCACCUUCAUAAACUACAAUCAGUCUACCGUGAUCUUAAUUUAUUUCUUUCGUGGUAAUCAACUCUCUUAACUCGUCAUCCGGAGAAGGGCACUGUGAAAUUGGUCUUCCAACCAGGAGAAGAAAGUCGAGCUGGCGCUUACCACAUGCUCCAAACCGGUGCUCUGGACAACAUCCAGGCAAUGUUUGGCCUCCACGUGGCACCCGAGAUGCCGGUCGGCUCAAUCGGUUCCAGACCAGGAACAUUCCUCGCCGGCUCAGGAAGGUUCUUGGCCUCCGUCAAAGGGAUCGGCGGGCACGCCGCCCGGCCACAGGACACAAGGGACCCAGUUGUCGCUGCUUCCUUCAUCAUCCUCGCCCUCCAGCAAAUCAUCUCCCGCGAAACUGACCCUCUUCAAGCUGGGGUGAUAUCAGUAGGAUUCGUGGAGGGCGGCCGAGCGGAGAACGUGAUCCCGGAAACGGUGAAGCUGGGGGGCACCUUCCGAAGCACGACCGCGGAAGGGCUAGAUGAUCUCAGGCAGCGGAUCAGAGUGGUGGUGGAGGGACAAGCGGCAGUCCACCGGUGCAGUGGCUCGGUGGACUUCAUGAUGGAAACCAUGAGGCCGUAUCCGCCAACCGUCAACCACCGAGAAAUGUACGGCCACGCCAAGCUGGUUGGAGAAGCACUGCUGGGGGAAUCAAACGUGACGCUACUUCCGCCGAUCAUGGGGGCAGAGGAUUUCAGCUUCUACUCUCAGAAGAUGAACGCCGCCUUCUUCAUGAUUGGUGCUAGGACGACCAAAGUGGGCCCACGACCAGUGGAGCCGCUGCAUUCACCACGACUCGUCAUUGACGAGGAUGUGCUCCCCGUAGGAGCAGCUCUCCAUGCUGCUGUCGCCAUUUCCUACUUGGACGCCGGUGGUGUUGCUGCUGCUGCGGAAUGACAAGAAACUGGAUAUAUUGAUAGAUGAUAUCGUAGUAGAGAUAUUCCAGAACACGAAUUUGUCAUCCUAAAACUUUUUUACCGGUGUUAAUGAUGGCUUUGUAGUAAGUUCUUAUGGCUUUGGACGUGUAUUAAUCGAGUCAAUAGAUGAAGAUGGUUUUCUUUUCUUCAUUAUAGAACCCCACCAACGGAAUAGAGCUCGACGAACCAGACCGAACCCUUUAACCCAGAGUGAGGUAGCCGGGCGGGGAACCUGGCAAUGGCCUCCCCCACGCCCACGGCGGAGUCGCAUGCGGCCGGUCCAGUUGUUGCUUCUUGCUGAUCAUUUACUGAUGUUGGGUCAUUCUCUUGGUUUUACCGUCGCCGGCAAUGAACAUCCAGGGUUGGAGUCACUGACUAAGGAACUCACGGCAUCGGCAAAGGAGCCGGAGUUCUUUGAGUGGACGAGAGGGAUCAGACGGAGGAUUCAUGAGGUUUUCCACAGCUAGGUUUUGAAGAGCACAGAACUAGUGAGAUCAUUCGAGCAGAGCUUGAUUUACUUGGGAUUGAUUAUAAAUGGCGAGUUGCUCACUGUGGUGUGGUCGCUUCCAAUGGAAACGGUGACAAGCAAGUUUUUGCUCUCAGCGCCAACAUGGAUGCCCUCCCUCUUCAGGAAAAGGUAGAGUGGGAGCACAAGAGCAACAUUGACGGGAAGAUGCAUGCUUGCGGCCACGAUUCUCAUGUUGCAAUGCUCCUUGGUGCCACCGAGUUACUCCAUGCCAAAAUUGACACACUGAAGGGAACUGUCAAGCUUGUAUUCCAGCAAGGGGAAGAGGGUUAUUCUGGUGCUUACCAUAUGUUACAAGACAGUUGUCACGUUGGUCUGAAUGCCAUCAUAAGCAUACAUGUUCUGCCCUCAGUGCCUACUGGAUGCGAUUGCUUCAAGAGCUGGUCCAUUUCUUGCGGGAGCUGGGCUCUUCUCUGCAACAAUCCAUGGAGUUGAAGCCAUGCCCCAUCCCAUCAUAUGGGUAGAGACCUGAUUCUGGCGGCAUCUACUGCAAUAGUUGCUCUCCAAUAGAUCGUAUCACGAGAGACUGAUCCACUUGAGGCUGCAGUGGUGACAGUGGGAUUGAUGGAAGGAGGCAAAGCAGGAAAUGUAAUUCCCGAUUCAGCGUGAUAUGAAGUUACUUUUAGAAGUCUAAGCACAAAAGGUCUGCACAUCCUUCAAGGGGGAAUUAAAGAGAUAAUCGAAAUGCAGGCAGCAGUGCAUAGGUGCAAUGUCACAAUGGACUUCAUGGAGCACAGACAUCUCCCACAUCCCCCCAUGAUUAACGAAGAAGCAGUUUAUAAGCAUUUCAGGAUGGUUGGAGAACUCUUACUUGGGGAAUCCAAUGUGCACACUUUUCUAGUCACCAUGGGUGCAGAGGAUUUCAGUUCCAUCUCGGGGAAGAUGCCUGCUACAAUUUUUUUCACUGGAAUAAAGAACGAGACUCUGAAAUCAGAUCAGCCACUUAACUCGCCUUAAAUUCUUGAUUGAUGAGGAAUCACUCCCUGUUGGUGCAACUCUUAAUGCAGCUGCUGCAAUCUCCUACUUGGAUAGCCACACGAUGCUUGUCCAUUGUGAUGAACCAGAAUCUCCUUUACCUUUUGCAACAACUAUCAUCUAGGAAAGUCCUCAUCUUCAAUAGAGGGCGUAGUCCCUGAUAGAUCUAGUAGUCUUAAGAUAUGCCCUCCCCAUCUUUAUGUGAAGAGAACCAAUCGAAAGAAGUUAGUGGUAACAUUAUGGGGACUGUGCCUCUUACCUGUGCUAUGAUUAACAGUGAAAGCAACUGCAUUCCUGACUUGAGAACGGAAAUGAUGUUCUCCAGCAAACAAGAUCAGUUAGAAUAGGCCACACUGCAGGCGAUAGCUCAAAGGAAGCAUUGCCAGAUGAUCUUUGAACCCUUAUUUAAGGACAGAGAGAACAAAGCCAUUCCCCAUAGCAGGUACCUUGAAUUGUUAUCAUGCAGCAGCAUAGUAGAGUAUUCCAAGAGCAACUAGGUACAAAACCCAAUCAAUUAAGUUUGAAGUCGCAUGUACGUGAAAUUACACAAGCAACGAAAAGCCCAAUCAACAGCAAUGUUUCAGAAGGAGGUGGUUCCCCGUGAAAAAUUGUUGUCCCUCCUUCGGAUUACCUCCAUAUGGACAGAACCACAAAUCUGGAGCAGAAGAUGCUGUCAUUAACCAACACCAAGAAUCCACAGUUUAAGCUCUAUACCCAACUGCAACCCAGUAUUUUUCUAAGCCCUCUCUCCUUCAUCUUUUCUCUAAGAAGAGAAACAUCCAACCAACGAUCUGAUGCAGCAUAAAUGUCAGACAGCAGCACAUAAUUCGCGGCAUUUUGUGGUUCAAGCUCAAAUAGUCUAGUGGCAACUUUCUCACCCAACUCAAGAUUAACAUAAAGCUUACAAGCUCCAAGAAGUGCACCCCAAGCACAUGCAUAAGGCUCUAAAGGGCACGAUACUAGAAGCUGGUAAGCAGCUUCAAGCCGUCCUGCCUUACUCAGAAGAUCAACCAUGCAUGCGUAGUGGUCAGGAGUUGGGACUAAGGAGUACUUAUCCGUGAGAGUAGUGAAAAAAUUCCAACCCUCUUCCACAAGGCCAGCUCGACUACAAGCUGACAAAAUCACUGUAAAGGCAACCUCAUCUGGAACCAACCCCUCAUCUAGCAUCCUAUAGAAUAGUUCAAUUGCUUGAUCACCACGCCCAUCAAUUGAAUAUCCUUUUAUCAUAGAACAAUACGUAAUCAAAUCAUGCUGAGGCAUUCUGUUGAACAAUACUUCUGCUCUAGCCAUGUUCCCGCACCUUGCAUUCAUGCCAAUAAGGGCAGCCAUGACAUGAGCUUGACAAGCAUCAAUCGAGGUUUCGCUCAGGUAGUAAUCAACCGAUUUGGCCAAAUCCAAGCUACCUAUCUGUGCACAAGCUGACAUCAAGCUCACCACGAUGAAUUCAUCAGGUUUAACACCCCCAGACUCCAUUUCUUUAAACAUUUCCAAAGCCUGCUUUGGCAUACCAUUUUGAGCAAAUCCCGAUAUCAAUGCUGACCAUGCCACAAUAUCUUUCUCUGGACAAGAUUCGAACAAUGCCAUUGCAGAAGCCAUAUCUCCGGACUUGGCAUAUCCAUCAAUUAAAACAGUAUAAUCAACCACAUUCUUUCGAGGCAUUUCAUCAAACCACUUUCUCGCACCAACAAUGUCUCCGGUUUUGACCAACCCAAUGAUCAUAGCAGUCCAGGAGACCGAAUUCCUCACUGGCAUUCGGCCAAACACAUUCCUAGCAUUGCCCAUGUCCCCAGCAUUUGCAUACCCAGCAACCAGUGCUGUCCAACACACAACGUUUCUAUCUGGCAUUUCGUCGAACACUUUAUCUGCACUUAUCAUCUCAGUACAUUUACCAUAAAAGUCAAUCAAACCCGAACCCACGAACAUGUCAACUGCGACCCCGUAUCUAAUCGCCGACCCAUGAACAAUUUGACCUUCUCUCAACUUACAUUCACGCGAACACAAGGUCAGGAGGGAAGAGAGAGUGUACUCAUCUGGGGACGCACUAUCACUCUUCUUCAUCCUCGUAUAUAGCAGAAAUGACUCCCUGGAACGGGAAUUCCGAGAAUAACCUUUCAACAGAACGUUGUAGAGCAAGGUGGAAGGAGCGAUCACUCUGUUGAAAACCGAGGUCGAGUACGAAAGAGAGGCCGACAGUGACGUUAAUAGCUUCAGUAUAUUGGAGAUGGUCCAAUGGUCUUGCUCGAGGCCUCUGCAAAUAAUGUGAGCGUGGAACUGCUGAAGAUGGCAAAGGGUUUUGCAGGAUUGUAUCAGAAGACGGAUUGAAGGCCUGGUAGACAACUUCAACAUUGCCUACAUUCAUCUGCCAAAGAAACCGAAACAAACUCCACCGCGGCGGGGAAGGUAAG